AUGCAUCUGGCAUCCCUGCGGCGCUGGGUGCGAUGCAUCCGGCAUCCCUGCGGAGGCGUGUCGGCCCCAUUUGUCAUCGCGCCGGCGAACGGCGGGGCUCGACGGGACCCGACGGGGUCCGAUGGGGCCUUCUGGUCUCUCGCACGUUGGGGGGUAUUCUCCGAUCCGGGGAGUCGCCGUCUGUGGCAACAGUUGCCAGUCCGCGAUCGUUUCCCGAGCUGCCGCCGGUCUCUCUUCGUGGCCUCGAAGGAGUCUCCAACCAAGGUAGUCCUUAACCCUGAGCAAAAAUUCCAUCGAGUCUCGAUGAUGACUCAGAACGCCGUAACAGAGGGAGCGUCGAUGGCUUCUGUGUUCAUCUGUGGUCAUCCGGUUGAUCUCCCUUCCCCGGUGAUGAAGAGCGGGCCCCGCCGACAGGGCAAUAUUGAGCCAUCCCUCAUGUCUUCCUCCUCCGGGGCCCCGGUGCGACCGAGAUCCUCGACUGCGCUGGCCAUGGAACUCUUCGAGCAACAUCAGGGCACUCACAUCUUGCAGAGUUUAGACGGUUUCGCUUUUGCCCUGGCGUCUGACGGCAGAUUUCUCUAUAUCUCAGAGACCGUAUCUAUCUACCUCGGCCUCUCUCAGGUGGAGAUGACUGGGAGCAGCGUUUUCGACUACAUCCACGCCGCAGACCAGGCGGAACUGGCCGAGCAUCUUGGAAUCAGCCUGGGGGGAAGCGGUGGUGGAAGCGGAGGAAGCGGAGGCGGAAGCGGCGGGGGUGGGAGCGGCGGAGAAUCGGGGGGGAAUCCCCCUCCGACCCUCGCCUCGCCGUCUGGCGGGUCUGGCUCGGACGAUGCGACCAGCGUCACCUCGGCCGCCUCGUCUCCUGCGCCGCAACCUGAAGGAGGAGGGAUGUCGGUGGGAUCGGGGAAGGGUCUCGAGAGGAUCAUUUGCAUCCGCAUGAAAUCCACUCUCACCAAGAGAGGAUGUCAUUUCAAGUCCUCUGGAUACAGGGUCGUGCUGAUGAUCUGCCGCCUGCGGCCGCAAUACUCGUUCGCGUCGUCGGGGUCCCGGAAGAGCCCGCCGCCGGUGCUGGGGCUGGUGGGGGUGGCCAUCGCCCUGCCGCCCCCGUCCAUGCACGAGGUCCGGCUCGAGACGGAUAUGUUCGUCACGAAGGUCUCCAAUGACUUCAAGAUCAUCCACUGCGAGCCUCGAGUGACGGAGUUGUUGGAAUACGCCCCUGAGGAGCUCGUGGGUUACAAUCUCUACUCCAUCUGUCACGCGGAGGACAUGAACCAAUUGAGGAGAUUUCAUCUCAACUUAAUGCACAAAGGGCAAGUGAUGAGCCCGACCUACCGGGUCCUGAAUCGAAGAGGCGGAUACUCUUGGGUCCAGACCUGUGCCACUGUGAUCAACAAUUCCAAAGGGACCGAUGACCAGUGCAUCACGUGCAUCAAUUACGUCAUCGGGCGCGGGAGGGAGUACGAGUCGCUGGUGAUGGACGUGGGGCAGUUGCCAGGUCCGCGGCCGAUCAUCCUCCCCAAGGAGCCGCCGCCCCGGCCCGAAUCGGAUACCAAAGUGGACCGAGGACCCGAUUCCGCCGGAUCCUCCAAUACCAGAGGUCUGAUAGCCGAAAGGAGUGCCAUCAGUCCCCUGUCGCCCUGUGAUGAGGAUCGGCCGAGGAACCCGGUCCAAGCCCACUGUGUCUCGGAGGAUCUCAGAACCCGGAUGGACGCGGAGAACCGGAAGCGCUCGCGGCAGUCGGAGGACGGAAGCGGAAGGGAGGAAAGCCAGGAAGCGAAGAAGCUUCGCGGCAUGACCUGUGAUGACCCCCAUUGCAGCCCGGCGUCCACUCCGACCUCGUCGGAGACCGAGCCCCACACCAGGGGUUCGUCGUGGCAAGACUCCGAGCCCGGUGGGCCGGUGGACUUCAGUGCGAGCGACAAGGACCCGGCCCGGAGCCCCAACUCCUCCGGAUCCUCCGCCAUCCAGUGGGUGGGGGCGCCGCCGAAUCCCGCGACCACCCUCCCCGCGACUUCCUUACUCCGGCAGCUUUACGCCAGCCGGGAGAGUGUGAUCCGUUCGAACAUCCACGUGUCUCGGUCGGGAGGUCUGUACCUCCAGGACAUUCCAGGGACGCUCCCGACUCCUCCGGGCAGUGCGGACAACGGCAGCGACCACCAGCAUCAGCAGCACCAGUUGGCGUUGGCCGCCGCGGCGGCCGCUGCAGCCGCUUCCGUCCCGUUCACCUCACCAUACGUUAGCGUAGCGAGUUACGAGCACAUGCAUGCAUCGCACCAUAACCCUUCGAUGACCCCGCCCUCGUCCGUGUCCCCCAGAGACAAGAACCCGGGCGAAUGCCUGGAUCCAGGCGGGUAUCCGGUGGGUGCCGGGCCGGACCAGGUCCUGCCCAUCAAGCCUCAAGCAUUCGUACCCGGUGCGGGCGUGGACCCGGGACAGUUCUCCCCCGAUGCCCCCCAGAUCUAUUCCCACGGUACGCCCGGGUUCCACGUGUUCCAUUCCCUCAGCAACAAGUCGGUGCUAAAUUAUCCCGAGUCGAUGAAGAACGGCGGAUCGUGGUAUAAUCCGCCUUCGUAGCCUGAUGUCCCGUUCUGACCCUCUCAUACCAAAUGUGUUACUCGCUCGUCGGAGGCAGUCGGUGACGUCUGUUGUACUUUAAAAAGCGUCAGAGGUGUUUCUUCAUCGUCACUGCUUGUUUCCGACGGGAGACCAGAGAUACGUGCAAGGAAUAUCGAUUCGCAGAAUCGAAGAGAAAUUUUAUGUUGAGAUGUUUUUCUUUUUUUAUUUGGGCUUCUCAUAAAGCAUGUUGUAUUACGUGUCACUGCAGUCCCGGUUCAUUCAUUCUGGGCAUCCGUGAUGCUCUUCUUCGAGCAUUUCCAUCGUUCUCCCCGAGAAUUCAUUCCAGCUUCGUCCUUUCCUACUUCACA